CAGCCCAGGCUCAGCAAGGAACCCUCCCUGGUGACGGCUACGAGUCGAGGACAACAGGGACAAAAAAAAAGGGCUAGGGAGAGAAGAGCAGAGCUGGGCCAAGAAGGGUGGGCGAAGAGGAAGGCAAAGCCCCAAGAUAGAUGCAGUGAGCUGGGCCCCAGGACGUCCCAGCCACCCUGACACACCACCCAACAUCUAUGAGGGAGGGCUGGGGGCCCAGCAGCAGCAGGGCCCUGGUGCCCAGGGAAGCAAGCCCAAGAACUUCCGAUUGCGUCACCUCCGGAGCCUGGCUCUCUACCUGCCAGGCCACAUGCAGCCCGCUGGCCAAUGUGGAAGCCACUGGCUAGGCCGGCUCAUGGCUGGGGGCAGCCUGCCACGGCCAGAAGGCUCGGCCUGGCCCCUGGACCUGCCACAGAGGACCCUGGGUCCAGGUAACAGCCAUUGCUCAGCCCUUCUGGAAGCCCAACUGCCCAGGGACAGCCUGGGAAAUACAGCUUCCAGUUCCAGCAUGGACCCAGCCAAGGGUGUCCCCUCCCAGUCUGGUCCCCCUGAGGGCUUGGGACUCAGGCCCAAGAGGUCCUGGAGAGCCUUGGAGGAGACCAUGUGUCCCUUGUGCAAGAGAACCCGCUCUGGGCCCUUGGAGAGGACAUAAGGAGCCAAAGUGCCAGGGCUGGGGACAGUAGGGGAAGGAUGGCCAAGGAGGAGGAGGCCAGGUUUACUGAGGAAGGGUUCAGUCCCAGCAGCAGCCCUCCCCACUGAGAUGGCCCCCAUAGUUGCCCAGCACCAGACCAGGGCUAGUCUGGGGAAAGUAUGAGGAGGGAGGGAGGAGGAAAUGGAGGGACAGAAGAAAUGGAAGCAUGCCCGUGCCCUUGCAGCCUGCCCAAACUCCGGUCAGCCACUUGUACCUGGGAAGCCAGGCCGAGCAGAGAAUCGGGUUCCUGAGAGGCCAGGGAGUCCUCAGGUAUAAUCUCAGUAAAAGCCACGGCCUGCACCUUCUUGUCUGCUUGUUUUUAAGUCAAUCCACUCAA